AUGAAUUUAGAAAAUACAAAAAAUGUGGAAUCUAAUUAUUGGCAUUUAUCUAAAGAAGAUAUGAAUUCUAAUAAUAUUAUCGAUUAUAUAAAUACGAAAAAUAAAGUAUGUAUUGAUAAUAUAAUAGAUAAUAAUAAUAGAAUUGGUAAUAGUGAUAAUAAUAAUAAUAAUGAUAAUAAUAAUAAUAAUAGUGAUACAAUACAUCCAAUAAUAACAAGAAAUUGGCAAAUAAUAGAUAAUAUUACAAAUAUAAUUGAUACAAAUGAUAUAAUGAUUAAUCACUCAUCAAAUAAUAAUGAUAUAGAUGAUAAUAAUAGAAUAUGUAAUGAAGAUAAUUCUGAAGAAUGUAAAAAAAUGAUUGAAGAUGAAGAAUCAAAUAAUAGAUUACCAUUAUCUCAUUUUAAUAAACAAUGUUCAAGAUUAGAAGAUAAAAGUAUACUUGGAAAAACUCCAAAGAGAAUAAAAAUAAUAAGUGAAGAAAAUAAUAAUACAAAUAGUACAUCAUCUUCUAUACAUUCAAAUUGUCAUUUACCUUCUUUAUCAUGGAUAAAUAAUAAUUUAACAAGUCCUAGAUCAGAAAAUCAUACAAUUACACCUUCUCCAUUAAAUCAUACAUAUUGUCAAUAUACAUCAACAAUACCAUCAUCAAUAUCAACAUCUUCAACUAGUAAUAUUCAUAAUUAUCAUAGAAAUAGAGAUAUUGAUACAGAUGAUAUAGAUGGUGAUGAUGAAAUUGAUGAAGAUGAUGGUAUUACAUGUGAUGAUGAAGAUGAUGAAGAUAUUGAUAGAAAUAAUAAGAAUAGAAAUUUAUCACUAUUUAACAAUAAACAACAAAAUAGUAUAUUUUUUAUUAAGAAGAAUACAUCAAAUAAUAUAAAUUGUAAUAAUAAUGAACAAUUUAAAAGUGGUUAUAAAGGUGUAUCAUGGAAUAAAAGAAUGCAGAGUUGGUUAGCAUUUUGGACAGAAGGACAAAAACGUCGUAGUAAAACAUUUAACUCGAAAAUAUAUGGUUUUGAAGCAGCUAGAAGUGAAGCAAUUGCAUUUUUAAAAGCUAAACAAAAUGAAUUACAAAAUAUUGGUCAAAUAAAUAAGAAAUCAAAUACACAAUAUCUUAAUACAACAAAUAAUGAAAAUGAUAGGCAUAAUUGUGAAGAUUUUCAAAAGAAAUCAAUCCAUUUAUUAUAUUUACCUAAUAAUAAUGAUUAUCAUAAUUUAGGUUAUAUAAAUAAUAAUAAUAAUAUUAUAAAUAAUCAUGAUAUGUAUAUUAAUGGAAAUCCAAUUACAUUAUCAACAAAUUGUAGAGAUAAUAAUUUCUUACAGUCAUCAAAUUUAUUAUCUACAUAUACAUAUAAUAAUAAUAUUACCGAGAAAUUACCAAAGAUUCCAUAUCCAAAUAUAUAUGAUGAGAAUCCUAUUACACAAUAUUAUAGUUUACAAGAAACACAAUCAACAUCACCAGCACCUAUAAAAUUUUAUAAUAUAAAUAAUACAACAAAUAAUGAUAAUAUAUUAAUUGAUGGAAGAAAGAUAUCAAUAUUAAAUAAUAACAAUAAUAAUAAUAAUAAUAAUAAUGAAAUAAAGAUUCCAACAAUUACAUUAAGUAAUGAAGUUGGUAUAUCAAAUAAAGAAAAAAUAAAUAACAUAGAUUAUAAUAAGUCUUUAUCAUCUUCAACUUCUCUUUUACAAAUAGCAUUAAAUUCAAUAAAUAAUAAUGAUAAUAAUAAUAUAUCAUGUAAUAUUGGAAAUAUAACAAAUAAUACUUUACAAGAAAAUAAUUGUACAAGUGAAGCUAUUAAAUAUAUAUGGAAUAAUAAUCAAUUAUCAAAAAAUAUGACGAAUGAAAAUAAUAAAGAAAAUUGUGAUUUGGAUAUAGAGAAAUCAAAAAUAAAUGGUACUAUAACAAAGAAUGAUGAGAUGAAUAAUAAUUUAAUGUUAGAUAAGGAAGUUAAUAACUCAUAUAAAGAUGAGGACUUUUGUAAGAAUAGAAUUUUUGAUAAUAACAAUAGUUUAAAUAAAAUUUCAAUACCAUUAAUUAAACCAUUUGAAGAAAUUUCACAAUUUUAUGGAGAUAUAAAUGAUGGAAAUAAUUGUUCAAAUAUAUUUAAUUUUAAUAUAUUUGGAAAUAAUGCAAAUAAUAAUUCUCAUUUAAUAAACCAUAUAAAUUUUGAUAAUAAAAAUAGUGGAGAUAAUAAUACAUUUGAAUAUAAUAUAUCUAAUAUAGGUAAUAUUUUGAAUUAUGAUAAAAAUAAAGACAAAAAUAUUAAAGAAAAUAAUAUAGUUAAAGUUGAUGUAGAAAAGUUGGACUCAAUUGAAAAUGACAACAAUAAUAGAAUUGGUAAUGGUGAUAAUAAUAAUAAUGUUACAGAAGAAGAAAAUAUUACAGUGGAUCCUUGGUCUUUUUCAAAUCAUGGUUCAUAUAUACCAAUAACAUAUAGAUUUAUAAAGGCAUCUGGCUCAACAUGUACUGACUCAUAA